AUGCACAAGGCUCAGAGGAUUGCUCUCAGCCUGCUCGCCGCAGCGGCCUGGGCCUCGGCGUCCGACGUCAUCCAGCUCAAGAAGGACACCUUCGACGACUUUAUCAAGUCGAAUGACCUGGUCCUUGCCGAGUUCUUCGCCCCGUGGUGCGGCCACUGCAAGGCCCUGGCGCCCGAGUACGAGGAGGCGGCAACCAACUUGAAGGACAAGAACAUCAAGCUCGUCAAGGUCGACUGCACCGAGGAGACCGAGCUCUGCCAGGAGCACGGCGUUGAAGGCUACCCGACGCUCAAGGUGUUCCGUGGCUUGGAUAAUGUCACCCCUUACAAGGGCCAGCGCAAGGCGGCUGCCAUUACUUCCUACAUGAUCAAGCAGUCGCUGCCCGCCGUCUCCGAUGUGACUAAGGACACGCUGGAGGAGUUCAAGAAGGCUGACAAGGUCGUGCUGGUGGCCUAUGUCGACGCCAGCGACAAGGCCUCGGCUGAGGUCUUCAAGAAGGUCGCGGAGAAGCUCCGUGACAACUACCCCUUCGGCAGCAGCAGCGACGCCGAACUCGCCGAGGCCGAGGGUGUCAAGGCGCCCGCCAUCGUUCUGUACAAGGACUUUGAUGAGGGCAAGGCCGUCUUCACCGAGAAGUUCGAUGAGGAGGCCAUCCAAAAGUGGGCCAAGGUCGCGGCCACCCCGCUCAUCGGCGAGAUCGGCCCCGAGACCUAUGGCGAGUACAUGGCGGCGGGCAUCCCGCUGGCGUACAUCUUUGCCGAGACGCCCGAGGAGCGCAAGGAGCUGAGCGAGAAGCUCAAGCCCAUUGCCGAGGCCACCCGCGGCAAGAUCAAUUUCGGCACGAUCGACGCCAAGGCGUACGGCGCGCACGCGGGCAACCUGAACCUCAAGACGGACAAGUUCCCGGCCUUCGCCAUCCAGGAGACCACCAAGAACCAGAAGUUCCCGUACGACCAGGACAAGGAGAUUACGCACGAUUCUAUCAAGCAGUUCGUCGACGACUACCUGGCUGGCAAGAUCGAGCCGAGCAUCAAGUCGGAGCCGAUUCCUGAGAAGCAGGAGGGCCCCGUCACCGUCGUCGUCGCCAAGACCUACAACGACAUUGUCCUCGACGACACCAAGGACGUGCUCAUUGAGUUCUAUGCGCCCUGGUGCGGCCACUGCAAGGCGCUUGCGCCCAAGUAUGAGGAGCUCGGUCGCUUGUACAGCAACUCGGAGUUCAAGGACCGGGUUGUCAUUGCCAAGAUUGAUGCGACGGCCAACGAUGUCCCUGAUGACAUCAUGGGCUUCCCGACCAUCAAGAUGUAUCCUGCUGGCGCGAAGGACAAGCCGGUUACCUACUCGGGCAACCGGUCGGUGGAGGAUAUGAUUAAGUUUGUGGCUGAGAACGGCAAAUACAAGGCGCUGAUUUCGGAGAAUGAGGAGGAGAAUGCCACGGCUGCCAGCAGCAGCAGUGAGACUAGCGCUACCCCGACCUCGACGGCCGCGUCGGAAGAGACAGCGGCUAGCGAGACUGCUUCUGCUGAGGAGGGUAAGGAGACUGCCCAUGAUGAGCUGUGA